UCCACCUCAUUAAAAUAUAACCCUACCCACACUAUGUCCGAGGUGUGGUGCGGAUCUCGCUUUACGUAGAAAGUCGCAAACCCAUAUGGAAUAGUGAUUGUAAUAAAUUUUCCGUGUUUGUAAUAAAUUUUUACCCACAUCCUGAAUAUUUUGACAUGAACGACAUGUAAAAGAAUCGAUUUGUUACAAAUAUUUAAAUUUAUAAUGACUUUUGUCACAGAACGACCAAUUGGAUAUUUUCUACAGCAGAAUCUAUUUCAGUGGUUUUUAGAAGUUUUCAAGGCUAUCAUGAGGAACUGUAAAUAUUUGCCAAAAUUGGCCAGUCCGCCGAUUCGAUUUGAAGAUCCUAUAUAUGGUACUACUGAUUUAAAGUAUAUAGACUUCUUGAUACCAGCAUUCUUGCCAACAUUUACCUUCCUUUUAGUCAGCACAUUCUCUUGCUUCUCAAUAGUCACAGAACGAUUGGAGGGUGUCUGGAAUCGAAGCGUUGUCCAAGGGGUCAGAACAGAAGAAAUUCUACUGUCUCACAUUGUUGUUGGUAGUAUCAUCACAGUUAUCCAAAGCAUUACGUUGAUACUCAUAUUCUUCCCUAUAUGGGGUUUGGAAUGUAAAGGAUCGAUAUUCGCUGUAAUCCUCCUUAUGUUUCUCAGCGGGUUUUGUGGAUUGAUGUACGGUGAGUAUUCCACUCGUUUUUUGUAUAUCGAAAAGUUUACAGCAGAGGUUCAGAAACUGAUGAAAAUUACAUUGAUUGUUUGUGUUAAUGUAUUUUUAGAAACAAGAGUGAUAAUUAUAUAUCACCAGAAACAAGAGUGAUAAUUAUAUAUCGCC